UUGGCACAUCUCUAGUUUUAUUUUAGGUAGUGCCGGCUAUAUUUUAUAUUUAUAGGAAAUAUUUUAAUAAAAUCUUGAUAUGAACGACGAGGAAAUCAUAAAACAGCGCCUGCUGAUCGAUGGCGACGGCACUGGCGAAGACCGCCGUCUCAAUGUGUUGUUAAAACAAUUUCUUAAGUGGGCGAAUUCUAAAAACGAAUCUCCAGAGACAAACCAAAUAAUGUAUGGCCGCCUAAUGGCCCAAUUCGCACAGUGUAAAUUCGCUGCUCUAAAAAAUGUACACACGCUCAAGAUGAUCAGUGAAGAGCGCGAGCAUUACAAAAAGUUAGCAGAAGCGCACGAGGAGAGUAUUGAGGUGGCCAAAGAAGAAAUUGAAGCAAGCAAAAAGGAACUGGUGAUAGCUAAGCAAAUCCGUAAAAAUAAAAUGGAGUACGAUCUAUUGGCUGAACUGAUUGCUGAACAGCCUGACCGCAAAAAGACGGAGAAACAGAUUGAAACUAUUAAGAAGGAAAUCGACCAGUUAACACACAAGAAACUUAAAUUGGAACGCAAGUUUCAGAAGCGACGCAAUGAUUUUACUUUGCUCAUGUACACAAUUCAUGAAUUGGAACAGCAGUUGGAGAAUGACAAUAAUUCAUCCUCAACCGAAAGCGAAACUGAGCAAGAUCAGGACGCAGAUGAUGAUGAUAACAAUGGGAUAAUGGAGGUCAGCGAUGAUGAUGACCUAAUCAGUCCCACCAAAUCGGAUAGCGCCCGUGGUAGUCUGAACAAGCUGCCAUCGAUUUCAACAGAAGAUUCAAAAGAACGCAUGUCCGUUGAGGAAGAUGCUGUGCUUGAGUUGAGCAUUGAUAAAGACGAACACGAUGUCGCGAUUGUUGCCAAUUAAUUAAAAAAAAAAAAACCAUUCCACAA